UAUUCCAUCCAUCUCCAACAUCCUGAAUUUUAACCAUUAAAUUCAGUAUAACGACAGCUCUACUCUUGGAUUAACAUUUAUUUUUUGAUUUUUUCGGAACAGAGUACUUUUGAAAAAUAUUGUCUUUCUGUUUUGGUUUUUUUCUUCUUCAAAUUGAUCACAAUAUACUGUUUACCGUGUGUUUAAUACAAAAAAUGUUCAAUUGAAUGUCAAGUGUUUGUAAUUCAAGCAAUAAGAAAAUUUAAAACAAAUUGUUUUUUCAUCAUUGUAUCAACGUUAAACUGUAAGGAGUAAUCGUCAAAAUGUUUCCGCUUGGAAAAGCGGUUACAUCAUGGACCCUUCUACUUUUUGCCUUGAUUGCACAAUUCCAUUCAGGCAAAACAGAAGGUCGCGUAGUAUGUUACUAUACAAAUUGGAGCGUAUACAGACCAGGAACGGCUAAAUUCAAUCCACAAAACAUUAAUCCAUACCUCUGCACGCAUUUAAUUUAUGCAUUUGGUGGCUUUACCAAAGACAAUGCACUGAAGACAUUCGACAAAUACCAAGACAUCGAACAAGGCGGCUACGCCAAAUUCAAUGGCUUGAAAACAUUUAACAAGGAACUGAAAACUAUAUUGGCCAUUGGCGGUUGGAAUGAGGGUUCGAGCAGGUUUUCUUCGUUGGUGGCAAGUCCGCAACGGCGACAAGAAUUUACUAAAAAUAUUAUUAAAUUUUUGCGUCAGAACCAUUUCGACGGUCUUGAUUUAGAUUGGGAAUAUCCAUCAUUUAGAGGUGGUAAGCCCAGAGAUCGAGAAAACUAUGCACAGUUCGUGCAAGAACUACGUGAGGAAUUCGAAUUGGAAUCGUCGAAAACCGGUAGACCAAGAUUACUCUUGACAAUGGCUGUACCGGCAGGAAUUGAAUAUAUUAAAAAAGGCUACGAUGUGAAGAAACUGAAUAAAUAUUUGGAUUGGUUUAACUUGUUGAGUUACGAUUAUCACAGCGCUUUUGAACCGUCGGUCAACCAUCACGCUCCACUUUAUUCAUUAGAAGAGGAGUCAGAAUACAAUUACGAUUCGGAAUUGAAUAUCGAUUACAGCAUAAGAUAUUAUUUGAAUGAAGGCGCAGACAGGGACAAACUUGUGUUGGGAAUACCGACAUAUGGACGAUCGUAUACACUUCUCAACGAAGAUGUUACGGAUAUUGGUGCACCGACAGACGGUCCUGGCGCGCAGGGCGAUGCAACCAGAGAGAAGGGAUAUCUGUCGUACUAUGAAAUCUGUCAAAAUAUCAUGGAAGAUCCUGAGUGGACUGUUGUUCAACCGGAUUCGAACAAAAUGGGCCCAUAUGCCUACAAGGACAACCAAUGGGUUGGAUACGAUGACGAAAAUAUAGCAAGAAAGAAAGGAGAGUAUGUGGUGGCUAAUGGUCUGGGUGGCAUUAUGUUUUGGUCAAUUGACAACGACGAUUUCCGUGGUCUUUGUCACAAAAGACCGUAUCCCAUAAUCGAGGCUGCCAAGGAAGCUAUGCUUAACGGCUUAGGAUUGGGAGAUAAUGAAGUGGUAGGUCCAGCAAACAGAAAGAAACCGAGUCGACAGCGCAGUCGAAAUACUAACAAAAUCCAAACUCAAACCAAAGACGACGAGGAAUCUAUUUCUUCGAAUAGUGAGACUUCCCGAAGAGCGCAGACAAAUAGGCGCAGACCAUCAACUACAACUGAAAGGUAUAGUGAAAGUAGGCAUCCCGUAUCGCGAACAACGACACCUGAACCGCCGACUACACCAGAUCCGGGAGCCGAUUUUAAGUGCGAGGACGAAGGUUUUUAUCCACAUCCCAGAGAUUGUAAGAAAUACUUCUGGUGUCUAGACAGUGGACCAUCAAAUUUAGGGAUUGUGGCGCAUCAGUUUACUUGUCCGUCAGGUUUAGUUUUCAAUAAAAUUACAGAUUCGUGUGAUUACACGCGAAAUGUUCAAUGUACCAGCAAGACAUCUGCAACAACAACAACAACCAAACCAACGACAAACGAACCAGUAACAACUUCGAAAUCUCGUACUAUUGCUCCUAGUCGUAGUACGUUUUUGAAGCGGCCAACGACUACUGUCGACACUCGAUUGAUUGAUGAAGAAGAAUACAUUGACGAAGAUGAAGACGAUCAUAAGCAACUGACAGGCGAGGAAGAGGAAGAUCCGAAAGUACUUAAAGAAUUGAUCGACAUAAUCAAAAAACUUGGUGGAUUGGAACAGCUCGAGAAACAGCUACGGCAACAAGAAGACGGCUCAAUGAUUCUUAAAGACGCCGCGAAAACUGAACAGUCACCAACCGCUCCAACAUUGAUUAGUAAAACCUUGUACGAGAAAGUUCUGAAUAGCGCAACGGGUCGUAAUUUCCUCCCUAACAGUCGGUAUACAAGCACGUCAACAUUCGGCCGCAACAAUUCCGAGUCGUCCGCAAACGGCAAAACAUCCAACAAAUAUUCGUCAGUUAUACGGAACAGCCGACCAGGUCCUCAGAGCAGUGGAAUCGAACGACAAGAUGAUGUUGAUGCAAUCCAAGAACGUCCAAAAUACGUUACUAUCAAUAGACAGUCACAAUCUGCAAACAAUAAAAAUGUCAAGGACCGCACCGAUGAGGAGGAAUCGGACGAUAGAGAAACAUCGUUAGGUUACACUACAUCUCAACCGCAGUAUGUGAAUAUUCAGCGUACACGAUUUUCGACCACACAAAGUUCUUUCGAAGACAAUAGCGAAGACGAUGUCGAGUCUUCAACGAAACGGCAGUACGAGACACUGAACCGGGGAAAACCGUUUGCUGUACAAAAUGUUGACGAAGAAAGUGUUACGAUCACAACCAAUCGCUACAAAACCAUUCAACGUACUCGACCAUCUGAAGCAACGGAAGUGCCAGACAUUACCGAGACGCCAGUGUUCAUAAAUCAAGGACAACAAUUAAUGGUAUCUGAAAAUGAUCCAGUAUUAACAAACACUCCAGAAACAACGACACGUACCUAUGCUAACUUUGCGCGUAGAACAACGGAAACCGUUACAGAAGUCAAUGAACAAGAGACAUCACCAAAAUCUACCACACAGACGAUGUACAAAGACUUUACUGACUCGACCACACGACCUGAACAACAAACGGAAGUGCCCGAAUUUAUUACCGAAAUCGCUGACGUAGACUAUACUAUUGACAAUAAUCAAAAUGAGGUAACUACUCGUACGAAUGACCUUGAUACAUACAGUCCAACAUUAAUCAAUAACAGUCCAAAUACACCCACAAACCGUCCAACUAGUAGCAUAGAUAAUUCUAACGAUAAGACUGAUCAAAACAAGAAAGUCACAACAAAUACAAUCACAACAGUAGGGAGUUUCAGUAAAGAAACGCAAGAAUCAAUUGAUUCACAAACCGUAACUCCAGAAUUCCAUGGUAUCGUUUCGAGUCCUCGUCCAUUUGAGUUCUCGAAACGGACUAGACGUCCAGCAGUGCGAUUCACCAGUUCGACUGUACCGACUUCCUCCUCUACCGAUUCUUCCGUUAGCCCAGUGUCAAAUAAGGUGAGUUCAUUUGAUUACGUCGCAUCCAAUCCACGUAGAACUAUAGCUAAUUUAUUGUUGCAAAGACGUGAAAAUGUUGAACAAGAUCAGGUGAGUGGUAUCACGACUGUCGAUGAUUCGAAUGAUUCGCAAGAGAUAAAUGUAGAUACAACACGCUAUAUUGAUUCUACUUCUGCAUCACCUAAUACCUAUCCAUCUUCCACUACUAAAUUUGAUGAAGACUCCCAUGAAACUUCCGUAAAUUCAUUUAAUCGACCGAAUCGCUUUAGAACCAAAUCGAGUAUUCGCGAUGAGUCAGUCACUCGUCCGACUACUUCUCGCCGGCAAUUCACUAGUACCGUGCCACCCAAUAUCGAUGAAGUCACUCAAUCGCGUCGGGUAAUACCACGUCGUAAAUUGCGUCCAAUCGAUGACGAGAUCGAAUCGGAAGGACCAAAACAAACGACAAAAACUAUCGUUAGACCACUUCGGCCAACAAUCGAAUCAGAUUUAAGCUCAUUAACAGCAGCUGAUUUCAGUAAAUACAGCUUCGUACCGAAGAAUACAGUCCGCAGGAUCUGGCCUACUCGUACAACAACAACAACCACAACAGUCGACUAUUCAAACGUCGAUUUAAACUCUCAUGAUAAUGAUGGAAAUGUUGUUCGUUCCUCCGUUCGACGACGUCCAAUACGUCCAAGUACAGAAGCCAAUCGUAUAUCGGAAAACGAUGGAAAUAAAAUUUAUAGAGUGUCGCUGCAGAGGCCAUUAGGUCGAAGAAAGUCCGCGAACUCAGAUCAAUCGAAUCUGGAAGUUUUAGCUCAGACAGCUUCAACAGAAGACUACACCAAUUCGGACUCGGAUUCUGCUUCCAAUUCGCAACAUUUCACAAUCAGUCAAGAUGAUUUUACCAACGAAAAUGUGGUGACUACAGAUCCACCACUGAAGUUAACGCUGGAGCGAAAACUAAGCUUUGGUUCAGGAGACAAUAGAUUUGAUGCAUUUGGAAAUCACAGAGUUAAUGUCAACAAAUACGUUUCGGACUCUCCGAUAAUUUACUUGAAUUCGCGUAGCACAACUAGCUCUCCUUCAAAUCUAUUACACACAGAAGACGCAGAACAAGUCAGUGUUAGAACUGAUUCAAGUACAUUGCUUAAUCCACUCAUUUAUUCGAUCGCAAUUGAUAACACAAACUUGGAAGAUAUUUCUACAACAUCAAUUGACAGUGCACAAACAACUACUGUUCGACCUAAUUUACGACGUCCAGCUUAUCGUAGUAGAGCUCCUUUGCCAGGACUGAAUGAAACAAACACCGAAAAAAAGACAAUUGAUACUGCCCCACCUAAAAGGCUGUUCAAAUUGAAGCUGGACUAUGGCAAACAUAAUGAACCAGAUAAUCGAAAAUCGGUGGAGGGACUAAUCUUUGCUGAAUCACUGAAUACAACAAAAGGUGACCGGAAGCCUCUUUUCCGUACGAUAUCGAAAAGUACAUACUCUGAAUUUGAUGAAAUAACAGAGGUCUCCUCAGUAGAUAGUUCCGUACUGAGUGGUCCAGAAGAUGAAUUCGAAUUACUUGCGCGAGACAAUGGUGAAGCGGCCACAACUACACUACCAAAAUUGGAAGAUGAAGAUUUGUCUGAAGAUUUUAUAAAGGAAAUCGACAGCAAUCAAUUAUAUCAGAAUACUCCAGUCGCACUACUUAACCCUUUAAUUGCUCUUAAUUUAAUUGAUACAACACUGUCACCAGAAAGUACCCAACCCGAGUCUACUGAUAUCAAUUUUGAUAGCACUGAAGGAAUAGAUAUCUAUCGCACUGAGUCACAAGAUGAAGAUGCUUUCGACGACAUAACCACAGAACCGUCCACAGAGUCAGCGGUGGAACGAAACUCAGCAAAUUCUGAAAGAGUAAAGGCAUUCCGAGGUAAAAUUAAAGCGGAAACAGAUGAAGACUCCAAGACGCCGUCCAAUCGACGUCCAACUUACCGUGGUCGUGUGUCUUCAACAACCGAAAGUAGUACUGAAAUCAAUGACACUGACGGAGGUGUAACGGAAUCAACGGAAAGAAGGCCGACACCGAGACGAAACAACCGGCGACCGUAUCAAAAUAGAAAUGAAGUCAAUUCUGAACGUGAAAUCAAUAGUAGACGAACAAAUCGUCGACCGUUACAAAGACCUAGAACGGCUGGAGAAACAACUGAUGGUAGAAAUGAGUCUAACAACGAUGACGCUCAAUUGAUCAGACAUGUGAUUCGAAGACCAGCGUUAAGUGGUCGUACAAAUAGCGACGAGGAAGAUUCGACCGGAAACAGAGUGCAAUUUCGGCGUAGACGACCAAUCAAAGGAAACGACGAUGAAACAUCAACACCACUUCGAAAUAGAGUUCGUAGACCUAACUUGCGACCAGUAGAUGGAUUCGAUGAUGAUGAGGAACGGCAAAUCAAUCCGAGAGGUAGAGUCCGGAGACCUAUUGCUCGACCACUGUCAACCGACUCUGAUAUCAGUGAUGAAAGUACAGAAUUCCCAGCCACAGAGAAAAUACGAAGUGAUUCGGAAAGUAUAUCCUUAAUACGAACGUCUGGACGAAAGGCCAUUGCACAAAUUUUCGAUGAAAUAGCAGCGACCGACGAAAAUGUUGAUACAUCUACAGAUGUACCCACUGACUUGAAUGUACAAAACAGAUCUAGAGUUCCGUCUAAUAUUGAAAUCGAAAACAAAAUCCGUACACAAAGUGGAGAGACCUCAAAUGGUUUUGUAAAUAGGCGUAGAAAGAUUAUUCGACGCCUGCGGCCAACUUCCACAACGGAACAGUCGCUAAAUGAAAGUGUACCCAAUGAGUCUUCUAGUGUUGCACCAAGACGGAAAGUAAUACGGAAAUUGAUUCGAAGGCCACCCACUUCCGAAACUCCGUAUCAUGAGUCAAAUGGUAACAUUGAAUUACUGCCUGUCCGUGGAACAUUUGGACCGCAUGACGCAGAAAAAUUGAAUUCAUCGGAAGAGGACAAAGACCAAGUUUCCAACCGCCGAGGUAAAGCAAAACUAUUCCCAGACGUCGGGGAUGAUCUUGAAAAUUACUACGACAACGAUGUCUUCUCGAACGAUGACAAAAAUAAUGACACCGAUAUCGAUGAGGAUGAAUACGAAGUGAACGAUGAAGACUACGACAAUCAAACGAACAGCAAACAAAGUUCAUCGACAACUACAAAGUCAGUUUUGAAUUCACGAUUAUUUGCUAGCCGACCACCAUUUAGUAGACCAACUCGACCUUCCGCCGAUAAUGUUGCUAGCACUGUUGAUUCAGUGACGACUCCAAGAUCAUAUGUAAGAAAAUACAGCAGCAAAUUUGCAUCGCUCAAUCAACCGUCGGUUGAAGAAAAUAGCGAAGAGCUUGAACUUAUCGGAACAGUUAAACCUUUUGUCGUUCACGAAAAUCUAAAUCGGUACCGCAACUCGUUUAAGAAGGAAGAAGACAUAGUUAAUGCUGACGAUGAAGUCAAUGAUGACGACGAUGUACCCAGUAAAAAUGUGAAAUUGAACUAUGGAAUAAGGCGUCCAUCGAACCGACCAUUUUCAAACCAAGGUAUACGAGAAGACUACGACGACGAUCAGGAGGUCGAUCUGAAAUUCUCGAAACCGGCACCAGCGCGAAAGCAAAACCGACCAUUUGGGCCGAUUGGGCAAUCUGAUCUUGAAGCUGUUGAAGAAAAACCAUUAGUACGGCCAGCUCCGUUCAACCGACCAAAGUAUUUCACUUCGGCUAAGAAAGAGGAAAAUGAUAUUCUGCCGGAACCGGAGAUCGAAACUGAUGACAAAUCCAAUUCGCCGUACAGACCGAAACCGCCUCGAGUGAGACCAUCACCAGCAACAGUAACAACCAAAUCGAGUCGGAAGCAAAACAAUCCGUACACAAACAAAAAAUUCUCCAGCACAAGUAGUGAAACAAGCUCAUUGAAUCCACUGCUAGACGAUCUCGAUCGCAAUGCUCUGAACUCUCGAAAUAAAAAAAUAUUCGAAAAGAGUAGUAAGAAACACUUAAUUCUCAAUCCUAGCACACAACAUCAACAUGAAUCAAUUGAUCAAACAAACACCUCAAACACUCCACCAUCAAACAGUGAAAAUUCCGAGUACUACACUGAAGAUUACACACUUACAAUGAGUACGAACGAUGGUGGAGAGUACAGUACACUUUCGGAAAUUCAAUUUGAUGACACAACACAAGAUAAUUUGUUGAACACAAUAAAUUUUAAUGAAUUACAGGAAGCAACCACCGAAGAUCAAUCGGUUGUGUUCAAAGUUGGAAGACCGACAACGACGCCAAAGCCGACAACGUUACACCACGUAUUCGCAAUAGACUAUGAUGAGAAAACUGAAAUGAUUCAAAUGCCGCUGGAAGUGAUGGAAGAGAAAACGUCUGAACUUAUUAGUCAAAAACUCGAAAAGAUAGCUGAGGUCAGUCGUGUAGUAGAAAUUUACUCACAACAUAGCAAUAAUGGUGAUAACAAAUCCACUCAAUCCAAUUUGGUUAUUGAGAAACUGCCUACCGUCAAUAAGCUGGGCGAAAUCAGUCGAAUCAUAUCGAUCAAAUUGGUCGAACAAAACAAGGACAACAGUUCGUUGAAUGAAAUAACAAAACCAACAACGAUGUCGCAUCUCGACGAAUCGAAACGACACGCAAAAUCGAUACAAAAACUAAUUUCGCCAGAAACGAUAUUCAGCGUUGAGACGUCAACCAUUCCAUUAGAAGCUCUUUUCCAAAAUGAACGAACAAGCAAAGUCUUGAGUGCUUCCGAUAGCCAAUCUCAACCUCAUAUAGUCAAUGCAGUAACGGCCACCGAUGCCGACAAAAAUCCAACAAAUGAAGUAUUGACAACGGAUAUUUCGCCCACAAAGCAUGUCAUUCAAAUCGAACCGGAGGCAAGACCAUUGGUCAUAUCGCUAGCCAAUUUAGAUAAAGUUGUGCUAAGUAAAUUGACAAACAUUACGUCGCCGGCAGGUAAUGAUAGUGAUGACGUCCAUGCAACCGGGAAGGUAAGCACAAAUGUUGAUGCACCUCAAGUAGUUGUUGCUAGCAAUGAAACGAGUAAAACAGACAGCACAGUAGUGGAUUCAAUAGAUCCGAUUGUAAAUACACAGACCAGUUACAGCAGCGAAAUCAGUCGCGUAGUUAAAAAGAGUCCCAAAGUUACGGAACAUGGUGUGGACCAGCCAAUUGUUGAAGACGGUUUAGAACAAACUGUAGCACAACCUUCUAAGAAGAUACGGCCGAAUUUCCGUCCCAAUUUUAGACGUCCACCAUUCUCAACGAAAAAAUUGAACACAACCGUUGUUUCGAACGAAAUUCUACCCACCACCGAAUCCAUUGUUCCGACUUAUCAACCGAAUCGUAGAAGACGUCCAACGACAACAGCAACAACAACAUCGGCACUGAUUCUAACGACAACGGAACCUAGUAACAAAAAUACCAUCAAACGUAAAUAUUCGUCUCGGCCAAAUAUCGACCGUCGCAGAUACACACCGUUGUCCACAUCGAAAACGACAACGUCUACCACUGAAGCAACGGUUACCCGAACCGAACCGUAUCGGACCACAACCAAUAAGUUUUUCAGACGUCGAUAUAACUAUUUCUCAACCACAACGAAACAACCGACAAAAAAUGCAACCGCCACCACGCCAACAACAAAAUCGCCGGUACAUGAGAAGGUUGUAGAAGAGAAUAAAAACCGAUACAAUAAUGUCGAUCAAAAAAUUGAACCGAGUAUUUUGGAUACGAAAUUCGUUAACAAUCGAUUCAAUCAAAUUGGCGAAAAUCUAAAAGACGACGGCUUAAUUGAAGCAAUCACAGCUACCAUAUCGAAAGCACCGCUUCCCGUAUCAGCUUCGUCAUCAACAUCGAAAUAUUCCAAUACGUACAGUUUCUUUAGUGGCGAGGAUCGUAGGGACGUUACAGAUUCGUACAAUACAGAAGAACCAAUCACUAAACGGAUCGGAGUGAAUUUUUCGACCAGACGAACGAUACCUAGACGAAUAAUUACAACAACCGCAGCAACAACAACAACCCCAUCACCGAGACGCGAAUAUUUACAAAGACGGCGACCUCAGCCGUUUGAGAGGACACAGCGUUUGGACUUUAGAUCCGAAGUGCCAGUUCAAGAAUACAAUCCCAUUCAUAACGACUAUGAUUACUAUGAUGAUGGUAAUUUGGGAAUCGUUGACAGUCACCACCAUUCAAAGAUAAAAGUUAUACUGCACGAUUUCGGUAUAAUCGAAUGUUUGGAUCAAGGAAAUUUUCCCCAUCCUCUAUCCUGCCGUAAAUUUAUCACAUGUGCCAAAAUGGAAAUAGGGGGCGUGGUAGGUUGGGAAUAUACUUGCCCAAAGGAAUUAAGUUUUGAUCCGGUUGGCGGAAUGUGCAAUUAUUCAGCUGGACUUGGUUGCAAAGAUUGAAUUUAAAAUGUUUGGAUUUUCAAUGUGCAUGUUGAUUGUUUUUCUUUUUCUUAUUUUUUAUUAAGUAAGUUAUCUAUAAAACUAGUAAGAGCAUUUUAGUGUAACUUAGUGUAUAUUCAAUUCCGUGUUACUCGUACGACCAAUAAAAUAUAAAUCAAUGGGACAAAAUUUAUGGAAAUUUUACUUCUUGGUUGAAAUUCACUGAAUAUUUUUUUGUGAAAGCGUUUUCCUAC